AAGUUUGAAAUUGGAGUUGAAACCCUAGAGAAGGGUUUUAGAUAUAAUCAAUUCUCCGGGGAAGAAGAAGAAGAAGAAGAAGAAGAAGAAGAAGCAUUGGGGGAAGAACGAAAUGAGUGGAGCAGGAGCACCCGAUUUCUUCUACAGAGAGGCUCAACGCCUUGGCUAUGUUGCAAGAUCAGCCUUCAAGUUGCUUCAGAUUCAGAACCAAUUCAAAUUGAUUACUUCAGGCUCCUCCGUCUUGGACCUUGGCUGCGCUCCCGGUGCCUGGCUUCAGGUAGCUUGCCAGAGUCUGGGGCCUCCCAGAAAUGGAGGCUCUGUUUUGGGUAUUGAUAUCAAGAAGGUAAAGGUUCCUCAUAUGCAUUGUGAUUCAAGGGUACAAACUGUUAGUGCUGAUGUUAUGAACCUUCCUAAAAGCAAAUUGAAGUCACUAUCCCCUAAGGAGAAGGGAUUUUCUGUAAUACUCUCAGACAUGUGCCCCUUAGUAUCUGGAAUCACCACUAGAGAUGCGGCAUUAUCAGUUGAAUUGGGUAUGCAAGCAGUUAAUUUGGCACUCGGAGAAGCUGCCUUAGGUGUUGGAGAUGUUAUACAUGGAAAGGACAAGGAUAGUGUCGAUGAUUCAACUUCAGCUUCAGAUUGUGAUGGUGUCUUACGACAAGGAGGCCACCUUGUUUUAAAACUAUUGGAGAGUGAAGACACACAAGGUAGAAUUUUAUUUCCACAGCUUGUUUAUACUUGGUUUUGCCUGGCUUUACAUUCUUCCUCUAUUCUUUAUCUCAGAAUUCAGCCGGAUGUUGAAACCACUCUUCAGAAAGGCAUCCUGGUUGAGGCCUAAGGCUACAAGAUCGUCAUCAAGAGAGAUUUAUCUGAUAUGUCAAAGCUUGCACUUGCAGGCAAGAACAUAAAUAUUCAAAUUUUCAGCUGACUGCAACUGCAUACAACUAGAAUGAGAUAAGUGCCAAAUCAGAGUGCUUUGAAGAACCAAAUUUCAAAUCAAGAUGGUCAGAUCGGAGCAGAGUUCCCAAACAAUGUUUCCUCUGUUUUGGACCUUGGUUGCGCUCGAGACGGUAGAGAGGGUUUUUCUAGAACUAUUGCAAUGCAUUACUUUGAGGGAUUUGUUGAGUGGCAGGCUUGCAUUAGUUGUUAUUAAAAAACAUAACUUGUGAGCUAGUCGCAAUGCAAAUUACUUGAAGGAUUUGUUGAGUGGCAGACUUGCAUUAGUUGAUAGAUAUAUUAUUUAAGCUUGUUUGUUCAUAAUUUAGUCAGCCAAUAGAAGUGCUUUUUCAUUGCAUUAGUUGGUAGAGGGUUUUUCUAGAGCUAGUGCAAUACAAAACUUGAGGGAUUUGUUGAGUGGCAGACUUGCAUUAGUUGGUAGAUAUAUUAUUAAACUUGUUUGAUAG